AUGGGUGUUUGCCUUUCAUGUUGCUUUGAGCACAGAACCGGGCUUUAUGAACCACUAUUACAAGAGAAUGAACGGGAUGCGGUCGCCGAUUUAUUAACAUACCUUGAAAACCGAGCCGAAACAAAUUUCUUUGAGGGAGAUCCAUUACGUGCACUCACAACACUGGCCUAUUCAAAUAACGUAGAUUUACAACGCUCAGCGGCUUUAGCUUUCGCAGAGAUCACAGAAAAAGAUGUGCGAGAAGUUAACAGAACAACAAUGGAUCCCAUCAUGCAUCUACUUCAAUCACAUGAUGUGGAAGUGCAAAGAGCUGCUUCGGCCGCACUUGGAAAUUUGGCUGUAGACACCCAAAAUAAAUUAUUAAUCGUGGACCUGGGUGGACUAGAACCGUUGAUACGUCAAAUGUUGUCUCCUAAUGUUGAAGUCCAAUGUAAUGCUGUUGGCUGUAUAACCAAUUUGGCAACGCAUGAUGAAAACAAGUCGAAAAUAGCAAAAUCGGGCGCUUUAGUUCCUUUAACGCGUCUCGCCCGUUCCAAAGAUAUGCGCGUUCAAAGAAAUGCGACGGGUGCAUUACUAAAUAUGACACACUCUGAUGAAAAUAGACAACAGUUAGUUAAUGCCGGUGCAAUACCAGUGUUGGUCAGCCUUUUGAAUUCUCCCGAUACAGAUGUACAGUAUUAUUGCACAACAGCACUAAGCAAUAUUGCUGUUGAUGCUAUCAAUCGGAAAAAACUCGCUCAAACUGAGACACGACUAGUACAAUCCUUAAUUGGUUUAAUGGAUUCCACUUCGUUGAAAGUACAAUGCCAAGCAGCCUUAGCGCUGCGAAAUUUGGCCUCAGAUGAAAAAUACCAACUUGAAAUUGUCCGUUCACGUGGAUUACCACCACUUUUACGUCUUUUAAAUUCCACAUUUCUUCCUUUAAUACUUUCAUCUGUUGCCUGUAUACGAAAUAUAUCCAUUCAUCCACUUAAUGAAUCACCAAUAAUUGAUGCUGGAUUCUUGCAACCUUUGAUAAAUCUUUUAGCAUAUGAGGAGAACGAAGAAAUUCAAUGCCAUGCAAUAAGCACUUUAAGGAAUUUGGCUGCCAGCUCUGAAAGGAAUAAACGAGCAAUUGUGGAUGCUGGGGCAGUCGAGCGCGUUAGGGAAUUAGUUCUAAAUGUUCCCCUAAGCGUGCAAAGCGAAAUGACAGCUUGUGUAGCAGUAUUGGCGUUGAGUGAUGAAUUAAAGCCUCGUUUGUUAAAACUUGGAAUAUGUCGGGUUUUGCUCCCAUUAACAAAUUCCCAAAGUGUAGAAGUACAAGGAAAUAGUGCUGCUGCAUUAGGGAAUUUGUCAUCAAAAAUUCAAGAUUAUUCUCCAUUUGUAAAGGUUUGGGAUCAACCAGCGGGAGGACUUCAUGGAUAUUUGCAACGCUUCCUUGAUAGUGCAGACAAAACAUUCCAACACAUAGCCGUUUGGACGAUUGUUCAAUUCCUGGAGGGUGACGAUCAACAAUUAUUAGCCCGAAUUUCCUCGUCGAAAACUAUCAUUAAUGCAAUAUCACGUCUUGAUGUUUUACCAAUUCACCCCGAAGGCGAUGAACCGUUUUCCGGUGACGAAGAUGAUGCCGAUGAAGGCGAAAUUGUGGCGUUGGCACGGAAGACAAUGUCUUUAUUAGAGGAAAAGAAUAGCCAGCUUGAGGAAUCCAAAGUAAUGGGUUCAAACACCCUAGUGAACGAACCUAAAGAAAUGAACGCAAAUACUUUAAUGAUCGAACCUAAAGCACAUAGCAUAAUGAAAGAAUGA